CUGUUCGUGAUUAUGUGGUACUGAAGUGUAAAGCGUGCCGGGCAGGAGCGUGUAAGUCUACAUAAUUCUGUUCUGAUUAUUAAAAAGAGCGAUCACAAUGGGCAUUUUAGAGAAAAUAAACGAAAUUGAGAGAGAAAUCUCCAGGACUCAAAAAAAUAAAGCAACUGAAUAUCAUUUAGGAGUUUUAAAAGCAAAAUUAGCUAAAUAUCGUGCUCAGCUAAUGGAACCACAAGGAAAAAAAGAGAAAGGAGAAGGUUUUGAUGUAAUGAAAUCUGGAGAUGCAAGAGUAGCAUUGAUUGGAUUUCCAUCUGUUGGAAAAUCCACUCUAUUGAAUAUUUUAACUGAUACACACAGUGAAUCAGCUUCAUAUGAAUUUACUACUUUGACCUGUAUACCUGGAGUAAUUCAGUAUGAAGGGGCAAAUAUUCAACUUCUUGAUUUGCCAGGAAUUAUUGAAGGUGCUUCACAAGGAAAGGGAAGAGGAAGACAAGUUAUUGCUGUAGCUAGAACUGCUGAUUUGGUAUUAAUGAUGCUAGAUGCUACUAAAGGAGAAAUACAAAGGCUUCUUUUAGAAAAGGAAUUGGAAAGUGUUGGUAUUAGAUUAAAUAAGCAGAAACCAAAUAUUUAUUUUAAGGAAAAGAAAACUGGUGGAAUUUCAUUUAAUGCAACCUGUGCUUUAACACAUUGUGAUGAAAAAUUAGUACAAAUGGUUCUUCAUGAAUAUAAGAUUUUUAAUGCAGAAGUACUAUUUCGAGAAGAUUGCACAACUGAUGAACUUAUAGACGUGAUUUCAAGAAAUAGAAUCUACUUGUCUUGCUUAUAUGUAUAUAAUAAAAUUGAUCAAGUAUCAAUUGAAGAAGUAGAUCGAUUGGCUCGUCAACCUCACAGUGUUGUUGUUAGUUGUAAUAUGAAAUUAAAUCUGGAUUAUUUAUUGGAAAUGCUCUGGGAUUAUUUAGCCUUGAUAAGAGUGUACACAAAGAAAAGAGGAGAACCUCCAGAUUUUGAAGGUGGAAUAAUUUUAAGAAGAAAUGCAUCAGUAGAGCAUGUGUGUCAUGUCAUUCAUAGAGGAUUGAUUAGCAUCUUCAAAUAUGCAUUAGUAUGGGGAACAAGUACCAAAUACAGUCCACAGAGAGUUGGUUUACAACAUAUAGUUCAUCAUGAAGAUGUAAUUCAAGUUGUUAAGAAGUGAACUUUUCUUUAAAAACACUGUUUCAUAUGAAUGAUAUAUAAUGUAAUAUAAUAUUUUUGUUGAAUGAAAUAUUUAUACAACUCUUGAAAUUUAUAAAGCAAUCAAUAAUUAAAAGUUAAAAAAUGAAAAAAAUGAAUUUCAAAUGUUUGGUUUGGAUUGGUCUCUGAAAUCAUUCAUUUAAAAUAUUAAAUAUCAUUAAAUAUGCUGUUUUUAAUUCUUUACAAUUAGAAAGAAUUGUAAAGAAUUAAAAACAGCAUAUAAUCAGGUGUUUUCAAACUUGUAUGUCCAACUUCAACAGCUCUGAAAUUGCUGGCACAAGGGUUAAGACAUCAGCCUAUUGUUCUGGAUACCUGGGAUUGAAUUCAGUCCAAUUGAAAAUACUCUAGGACUUUUUUCAAGAAUGGUGUCUUUUCCGAGAUGUUAGGUGCUGUCUCUCACUACCUGGCCAAACCCACAACAGACUUGAUAAAAAAACCCUUUUAGUGUCUGUUGUGCGUCUAAUUACAAAGUGGACCAUAAAUUAACGCAACAAACAUCUCCAGCAAAUAGUUGGUGAAUUUAUUUGUGGAUUCACAAGAAGUAGAACAAAAUGAUACAUAGAUUCAUAGAUAGAAGCUACAACAACUUUUUUUUAAAAAAGCGUGCAAAGCGAGAGAGUGCACCCUCUCAGUAGUUUUUAUUUAAAAUAAAAUAAAAUAUCGUCUGCUGGUCCGAACAGUGUCCAUGAAGAUUUUAAAAAGUUCUGAAAUGAACAUUCUAAAAAUGUAUUUAGUUUGAAUCCUUUUGAGGAUGAACAUACAAGUUUGAAAAAAAAUCAGAAAGUAUACUGGCUUGUGAACAUUUUUUAACUCCAAUAAAAGAUUAAUAAAAUAUUUAAUAAAUUAUAAAAU